GAGGGUCCAGCAUAGAAUUAACAAAGAUUUGGGGUCUAACAUGACAAAAAUCCUCUUCUUUGUGACUCCAAAUUUUGUCGCUCCCUGAGGACUCCGUCGAGCUAAACGAUCCUCGCUCCAGUCUCUCCCCUUCCCGCUAACCCCCGGCUGCUCUCCUCCGGCAUGCCGUCGAUAAUGCCGACAAGGCGCCCUUCUCGCUACUCCGCCCUCCUCCGCCUUACCCCAACUCCUUAGCCCUCCCAUCCCGCCGUGGGACGACCUUAUCCUCCUCCACCAAGAAGAAACCCCGAAGCCCGAAAUCCCCAAAGAAGACCAUGAGAAACCUCCCUCUCGCCGACCACCUGAAGAGGCGGACCGCUCCCUGACCCAGUUCGACCCGACCUCUUACGACCGCUACGCGACCCCCCCGGCGAUCACGUGCCCGUCAUGCUCGGCGAGGUCCUCCACGUCUUCCGACGCCGCCCCCGCCUCCGCUCCUUCGUCGACUGCACUCUCGGCUUCGCCGCCGGCCACUCCUCCGCCGUUAUAGAGAUGCACAGGGAGCUGGAGGUCUAUGUUGGGUUGGACGUCGACCCGGUCGCCCACGAGAAAGGCCGAGCUCGGAUUGAGGGGCUGCUGAAGGGCUCUGAGGGGCUGAAGGCUUACACUCAUUUGAGGAAUUUCAAGUACAUAAAGUCUGUGCUUGCCGGGAUUGAUGAGGAUCUGCUGAAGGAGGGCGUGGAUGGGGUCCUGAUGGACUUGGGGAUGUCGUCGAUGCAGGUUGAUCGCUCGGAGAGAGGGUUUAGUGUUCUUGGUGAGGGGCCGUUGGAUAUGCGGAUGAAUCCUCAGGCAAGUUUAAAGGCAGAGGACAUUUUGAAUUCUUGGCCAGAGGAUGAAGUAGGACGAAUAUUGCGAGAAUAUGGAGAGGAGAGCAACUGGCGCUCUCUUCAGAGAAAGAUUGUUCAGGCUCGUGCUGAUGGGGGUUUGCGUUCCACUAGUGAACUAGUAAAGCUAAUACGAAGUUCAUCUACAGGAUUUGGUGGGAGACAAGGGUGGAUCAAGACAGCAACACGAGUGUUUCAAGCACUCAGGAUAGCAGUUAACGAUGAACUCCAGACUCUAGAGGAUGCUCUCUAUGCUUGUUUUGACUCUCUCUCCUCUGGUGGUCGUCUUGCUGUUAUCUCCUUCCAUAGUUUAGAGGACAGGAUUGUAAAAAAGACUUUUCUUGAUAUCAUAGGAAAUGGGGAUGAAAACGGGAAUUUUGAGAAUUUUAAAGGUUGGAAUAAGGAUGAGACGGAUGUUGGUGAGGAACUUUGGAGUAAACAGAGAGUAGAAGGCAAGCAUGGGAUAGUUCUCACGAAGAGGCCCAUAACACCUUCGGAGGAGGAAGAGAAGUUGAAUUGUAGAUGCAGAAGCGCUAAACUAAGAGUAAUUCAGAAGGUUUGAAGACCAUAUCAGCAGUGUUUUUUGCGUUUCCAACGAAGCAAUAUGCAGAGAUACUUCAUCAGGAUUCUGAUAGCAAACACCGACUCAUUUGUUCAGAGAAUGAAAUCAGUCGUUGAUAAUUUGUGGAGUUUUUGCAACAGAAACCUUCGAAAAACUGGAAUCCUUGGAAGUUUUCAGAAAAUGCACCAGUCCUUGGUUCUGUUAAUUUAUUUGCUUUGCUGCUUAAAUAACUGCGCCAAGGCUCCUUGUAUCAUGAUCAGAAUCAGCCUAUUCUGAUUUUUACCUGUAAAUUUUGCCCAUUUGUCUGUGUAGCAUUUCCUCAGGAUGAUUCUUUUGAUGCAGAUAGCCUUGAUGGAACUUCUGAGUUAUGAAAUCAAUAUUUUAGCUAGCAUCAAUUUUGUAUGGGAUUAAAUUCAGAAAAUUUCCGAACCAUUAGAACGUAACAGUUUCUCUUUGGUUGCUA